AUGGUGACCCAGGAAGUGCCACACAUACCUAGCUGUCUUGAAGCAGCACAUUCAUUAGAUGAAUUCAGUACAUCCCAUAAGGAAGUACUUAAAAAAUCUAAUUUCAGGAAAAUGUCUGAAGUUUCUGGAGUCAUGGCUAAUGCUGAGAUCAAACCAAAAUCUAUACAUCGUGCCAAGAAAUGGUCGGGUGAUGUAGAGAACUUAUACAGAUUCCAGCAAGCUGGCUACAGAGAUGAGAUUGAAUAUAAACAAGUGAAACAAGUUGACAUGGUAGAGUACUGGCCAGAAACUGGAUUUGUUAAGAAACUUCAGAGAAGGGACAAUACUUUCUAUUAUUACAACAAGCAAAGAGAAUGUGAAGACAAAGAAGUCCACAAAGUGAAAGUUUAUGUGUAUUAG